AUGGGUCUCGCUCAGCAGAAGAAUCGCUCCAAAAUCUCCAACGACCCGCAGAACACCACCUGGGCGAACAAUACUGAGCGCUUCGGGCACAAGAUUCUUGCCGCACAAGGAUGGAAAGCCGGCGACACACUCGGUGCCAAAGACGCUGCCCACGAGGCGCACUACACACAAGCGUCGCAAUCGCACAUUCGUGUCUUCCUGAAGGAUGACAACCUAGGUCUGGGCGCCAAACGGGGCAGUGAGCGUGCGGAAAACUUUGGUCUGGCCGGCCUAGAGAGCAUCUUAGGGCGUCUAAAUGGCAGGGAAGAGGAAGUGAAGAAGGAAGAGGCGAGACGGGAGGAGAUUGAGAAGAGAGCCUACGUGUACAGGAAGUUCGGCUCGAUGAACUUCAUCAGUGGUGGCUUCCUCGUCGGCGACAAAAUUCAGAAGAGGGAAGAAGUCAAGCUGGAGCCUAAGAUCAAGGAAGAGCCGGACAGCGACGACGGUGCGAGCAAGAAGCGCAAGCGAGAGGUGGCUGAUGCUGUUGAGGAGGGCUCAGGAGACCAGAAGCUGAAGCGCAAGAAGAAGAGCAUGGACUUGCGCGAGGAGGCAGGCAAGCAAGACAAGAAGAUCAAGAAAGAAAAGAAGGAUAAGAAGGAUAAGAAGGACAAGAAGGACAAGUCUAGCAAGAAGAUCAAGAAGGAAAAGGCUUCGUCCGACCCAGAACCGAUGUCUGAUGAUGCGCCCACACCUGCGUCCGACCCUGAACCGCUCACAGACAAGGCGAGACGGAAGGCAGAGAAGAAGGCUCGCAAGGAAGAGAAGAAGCUCAAAAAGGCCCUUAAGAGGGCUGCAAAGGAAGCCAAGAAGUCCAAGGGCAGCGCAGAGGAUUCUAGUUCGGAGAGCGAUGACGACGAUACCACACCAAGCUCUUCAGUGCCAGCGACAGGCACAUCGACACCCAGCUUCGUGCCAAGGGGUGUGCAGACAGCCAGGCACAGGCACAUCAUGAUGAAGAAGCGCGCAAGCAUGGAUCCACAGGCACUAAAAGAGAUUUUUAUGAUCAAGACGCCAGUAGCAUAG